AUGAGCAGCGGCCAGCAGCGAGGCGGCGCCGGCGCCGGGCCGCAGCACGCGCCCGACCACAUCAAGCGGCCCAUGAACGCCUUCAUGGUCUGGUCGCGCGGACAGCGCCGCAAGAUGGCGCAGGACAACCCCAAGAUGCACAACUCGGAGAUCUCCAAGCGGCUCGGCGCCGAGUGGAAGCUGCUCUCCGAGAUGGAGAAGCGGCCCUUCAUCGACGAGGCGAAGCGGCUCAGCGCAGGUGAGCGGCCGGCGCACAAUGGCCGCUAUCUGGCGCCGCAGCCCGCCACCUUGCCCGCCCCGACAAUACUAAUUUUACGGCAUUGUAGGCGCCCGCUCGGCCGCGAGCGCCCAUUUGACGCCGCGAGCCGGACGCGCGCCAGGCUCACAGUUUGCGACCGCGGUCGCGCCCUCUCCGCCGUCCUCACGCUGCCACGCGCCCUCGGAGCUCAAGUUCGGCUGUCGGUUUCCAGUCGCAACGACUAUAACAAGCUUCACCGCCGAUUUACGAACGUGACCUUCCUGACGAGUUGA